AGGUGCCAGUAAAAUGUCAGCAAAUGCUGUAUGUUUUGUUUAGUUGGCGACAUGUUUUUCUGUCGUUAAAAGUGCUAUUUUAUCUGUUUUGUAUGAUCAUAUAUCCACAUAUCUGUCUCUUGCGUUGAAGUAAAUAUGGACACGGACGAGGAGGAAAACAAUGACUGGGAUCGAAGUUUGGAGUCGGACAUGCUGGAGACGGAAGGAAGUUCCACUGACAGAGCUACAUCCAAAUCUCAGAGAGUGAUCCUGCACUUUGACCUGGAUUGCUUCUAUGCACAAGUGGAGAUGAUCCGAAAUCCGGCCCUCAGGACCAAACCUCUUGGGAUACAGCAGAAGUACAUAAUUGUGACGUGUAAUUAUGUGGCAAGAGAGCAAGGCGUGAACAAACUGAUGUCAGUGACUGAUGCCGUGGAGAAAUGCCCACAGCUGGUGCUAGUGAAAGGAGAAGAUCUCACACAUUACAGAGAGAUGUCCUACAAAGUCACUGAAUUGCUGAUGUCAUACUGCCCACUAGUGGAAAGGCUGGGCUUUGACGAAAACUUCAUGGACGUUACAGAAAUGGUGGAGAGAAGACUAAAGGAGACCUGUAUUUCAGAUCUCUCCUUCAACGGACACAUAUACAAACAUGAAAGUAUGGCAGUUGAUGAGGAGAACGUCCGACUGGCUGUCGGCUCUGUGAUAGCAGCUGAGAUGAGGCAGGCCAUCUUCAGCACGCUGGGACUAACCGGCUGUGCUGGCAUCGCUAGCAGCAAACUCUUAGCCAAACUAGUGUCUGGGACCUUUAAACCAAACCAGCAAACCACCCUCCUGCCGUACAGCACCGCUGAGCUCAUGAGCAGCCUCACAGGACUAAUCAAAGUGCCUGGGAUUGGUUACAAGACACGUGAGAAGUUAAAGGCUUUGGGUCUGAUCAGUGUGAGAGAUCUUCAGUUAUAUCCUCUGCCUGACCUGGUGAGGGAGUUCGGUGAAGUGACUGCUAAAAAGAUUCAAAACCUUUCCUGUGGCAUCGAUGACUCUCCAGUCACACCGGCUGGUCCCCCUCAGUCUCUCAGCGAUGAGGACUCAUUCAAAAGAAUUUCCACUUUAGAGGAAGUUCAAAAGAAAAUUGAGGAACUACUCAUCAGCCUUACCGAGAGGAUGCACAAAGAUGGCAGGCAGCCACACACAUUCAGACUAACAAUUCGCCGAUACACGGUCACCAAUCGCUGGUUCAGUCGAGAGAGCCGACAGUGUCCUAUACCCAACCACACUGGGCUCAAGAUCACCUGCGGAAGCAGCGAGGCUGUGCCUCAGUUACUGGCACUGUCAGUGAAGCUAUUUCAUAAAAUGGUGGACACACGCGAGCCGUUCCAUCUGACCCUGCUGAAUGUGUGUUUUAGUAACCUGCAGGCUAAAGGCUCUAGCAAGAGCUCCAUCACCUCUUUCUUUACACAGAAAUGUCCUACAACAACACGAAUGACAUCUCAACACCAGGUGGAACCUGAUAUCUGUGAGCCUGCUGUAAACUCCCAGUUCACUCAGCCAGAUGUUUUACAUAAAGAAGAUAAAACAUGGAUCAGCAUGAAACCCAUAAAACACACAUGGCUUUCUCCAACCCGAGAAUUACAAACACAGCCACCCUUCAUCAACUCCAACUCUCCCAGGCCGCCUGUUUUAGAGCACUCACAAGAUACAAGCAUGAACACAACAGAGUCUUGUUUGAGCAGCGUUCCCGAGAAAACAUUGCGUUCCAGGCUGCCUCCAGGUGUCGAUCCAGAAGUAUUCAAACUCCUUCCUGAACACAUUCAGAUGGAGCUAAUUUCCAGUUUUCAAAGUGAAGACUCCACACAGCUCAAUUACGGACCCACUGCAACAUCUUCUGAAGAUGCUGACCCAGCAGAUCAUUUCACGUUGGCUUUUAAACAACCAGAACCUUGUGAGUCAGCACUGAAUUAUAACAGAAAUUCUUUGUCUCAUAACCAUGAACUCAGCAAGACUUUGCCAUCUACUCGGUCCACCAUGGAAUUAAAUUCUGGACAAGACAGUCAUGAUAUCCCACCUGCCACUCAAUCAGAUGUCCCUGCAAAUGUGGACCCUUAUGUAUUCUCACAACUUCCUGCUGAUGUGCAAAGGGAAUUACUGACAGAGUGGAGAGGGCAGAAACCAGUCCUAAAAAUCCCAUCCAAACACUCGCAUAAAACCUCCAAUACCAGAGACAAGAAGAGUGCUGGUAAAGGCAGCCAGUGUAACAACAUACUGAAAUACUUCAAACCUAACUGAGCACAGAAACACUCAAGUGCCUGUUCAUUAAUACUAAAAAUACAUAUGUAAAUCAGCCUUUGUAGAGGAAUGAAGAAAUGUAAUUCUAUCACCAUUUACUCACCUUCAUGUCAAACCUGUAUGACAUACUUUCUUCCACUGAACACGAAAAGGGAUGCUGGGAAACAAGAUCAUCCUGGUUUGAAGCAAUUAGGGUGAGUAAAUCAUGACAGAAUCUUCAUGUUUCACAUUCAGAUAUGUAUUAUUUUGUUAAUAAAAACUUAUAAAUAAU